GAGCGCCGUUGGCCGGGACGGUCGCGCGGUCUGCGUCGCGCGGAUCUUUGCUCGGUAGUGCUGUCUCACCGGUGAGGCCGGGAAGCUCGACAGUCCCGCGCUCCAUCGAACCUGCAGUCCCCGGCCUCCUGCCACCAUGGAGUACCUCAUCGGCAUCCAGGGCCCCGACUAUGUCCUUGUCGCCUCCGACCGGGUGGCCGCUAGCAAUAUUGUCCAGAUGAAGGACGAUCAUGACAAGAUGUUUAAGAUGAGUGAAAAAAUCUUACUCCUAUGUGUUGGAGAGGCUGGAGACACUGUACAGUUUGCAGAAUAUAUUCAGAAAAACGUGCAGCUCUAUAAGAUGCGAAAUGGUUAUGAAUUGUCUCCCACAGCAGCAGCUAAUUUCACUCGCCGAAACCUGGCUGACUAUCUUCGGAGUCGGACCCCAUAUCAUGUCAACCUCCUCCUGGCUGGCUAUGAUGAGCAUGAGGGUCCAGCGCUCUACUACAUGGACUACCUGGCAGCCUUGGCAAAAGCCCCUUUUGCAGCCCACGGCUACGGUGCCUUCCUGACUCUUAGUAUCCUGGACCGGUAUUACACACCAACUAUCUCACGUGAGAAGGCAGUGGAGCUUCUUAGGAAAUGUCUGGAGGAGCUCCAGAAACGCUUCAUCCUGAAUCUGCCAGCCUUCAGUGUUCGAAUCAUUGACAAGAAUGGCAUCCACGACCUGGACAACAUUUCCUUCCCUAAACAGGGCUCCUAACGUCAUGCCCUCCCUCCCACUUGCCAGGGAACUUCUUUUGAUGGGCUCCUUUAUUUUUUUCUACUCCUUUGACGUGUGCUCUCCAUAGAUGGUUAUUUUAGAAUAAAGCUGACUGUGGAUAAAUUGAG